GACUUUGAUCUUUAAGACGACAUUUAUAUGAUACUGCCAUAUUCGUCACUUAUUACGAAAAAAAAAUACUACUACCCCUCUGUAAAACUCUUAACAACUGAUAUUUAUCUACAAUCCGUAUGUAAGAAUCAUGCGAAAAUUUCACGGAUUUGAACAAAAAAGCCCAUCAUAAUAAACGCAGAACAUACACGAAACAAUGCCGUUUUCUUAAGCGAACCAUAUCAUUUUAAAUGGCCAUUUUUUUUCACCGUAAUUAGAAACGAUUUAUACAUGGGGUUUGGUUUCUAUUUUCCAUUAGUUGCCCCUCAGGUGUUAACGCGGGCAGUUCGGCCUUCUGGCUCAUUUUGUAGGUGCAUUAAUACUUUUUCCUAAUUUUUCAUUUUUUACUUAAUCUUCUCGUAGAUACGAAAAUUUAAAAAAAAUGUUUGGUGCAAGGGUGUUUAUUCUAAAAGCUGCCCUCGUAUGGAUUAUUAUUAGCGUCGUAUUAGUGGAAAGUGCCAGGCAUAAGAAAGACGUUCAUCACAUGAUUAUUUUGAAUGAGGAGGUCAGACCAUCGAAGAGUCACAGGCAUAAACACUCCUCCCAUAGCUCCCGGUCUAAACGCAGACCGAGCAAAAAAACCACCAGAAAACCACCGGUUUCCAGCCAUUCUUCUGAAGAAUCCAGCUUCGAAAUAACCGAAGAAAAUGAAGAUAGCAACGAGUCUUCUCAUGUAUACACCAAACAAAAACCCCAUCAUCGCAAACCAUCCUCGUCACGUCACAGCAAACGCCCUCACAAACACCAGUAUAAAAAGACCAGUCAUAAGUCACACCGUAACGAACAUCACCAAUCGCACCAUUGGGCACCAAUGAGUUCCAAAGAACUCUUCGGAUCUCCCCCACCAUCUUUCUCAAAUGGAUUUCCAACUGGUGCCCUCCAGUAUCCGUAUCAGCAGAUGGUGCCCAUGGAAAUAACCACUCCCUUUACCAUGCCAAGUAACUUUAUCAACUUUGGCAGUACUCUUUAUCCUCCAUUGGAAUUAAAUCAGUUUGCACCAAAUGCUGGACAGAUGUCUCCAAUGAUCGGUGCAGUGGAGACUUACAAACCGUUCGAUUACUCUGUUCUGAAGCAGAACAACAGAGUGAGACCGACGCAGAAGUACGUUGAAGAGGAAGUGAAUCAGAGUAAAGGGGUGACUGAUGAUCAGAGUGCUGCUGCUAGUAACGGGGGUGCAGCUUUUGCUAUUAUGGUUGAUAAUCCUAAUCAUGAGCCUAAAGAAAAGAGAAAGGAAGAGACGAGAGUUAAAGAUGGCAGCACCAAAAAGGAGAGGGGUGCUGUGAGGCUCAGGAUCAAGAAGAAGCAGUAAUGGCUUAUGGUUAUUUUAGUUAUUAUUGUUAUAUUUGAUUUAGGAUAAGUAGUAGGAAAGAGUUUCUAGGUUAGGAUUCGUUGGCUCAAGUUAUUUAUUUUUAUUCGUUUUAAU